CAAAUAGAACCUUUUUCUGGACUCUGCUCAAAGGGACAUUAUCUGGAUGUCUGUUGUAAUUUAUUGUACAUGUGGUUGAUAUUUCAACAGCUAUAUAUAAUAUAAAAGUCAAACUUCCAGACUUCGUCCUCACAUUUACACAUUCAUCUCACAGACCUUGGAGACGGUCUUUGAGACAGAUGGUGCUAGAUUUUUUCCACGUGUACAAAAGUUACCAUUUUCAGAACAGCUGCUCUUGCGCAAUUUUUCUUUCCUUUAUUUAUUUAUUUAUUUUUCCUCGUUAGUACCAGUGCCUUUCACGCCCCUAAUACUUUGGAAUAUUUACACAGCAGGAUCAAGGUUUACAGACAGCAGCUGUCUGUUUUGCUCUGAAGUCCGGAUCACGCAGAUUUGUACGUAGAUUUAAGCAACAGUGCACAAUGCCAGGAUUUUAUUCCAUUUUGUUGUUCUUCUUCAAUCUCCAUGUCUUUGAGGCUAAGAAGAUGCGCUGGUGCACAGUGUCGGAUGCUGAACACAGGAAGUGUGCAGAACUCGCUAAAGCGCUGGUGGCAGUGCUGCCUCCAGCUGCUGUGGCAUCGUUUGCUCGGCUCUCAUGCAUACGUGCAUCCAGCACAACCGACUGCAUCAACAGGAUCAGGGCUAAUCAUGCUGAUGUGAUAUCGUUAGAUGCGGGAGAGGUUUAUUCUGCCGUGAAGCAAUUCGGCCUUGUUGCCAUUGCCAAGGAGAUAUACAAUGAAGGAAGCUGCAUCCUGUCGGUGGCUGUGGUGAGAAACGGCUCCUUGGACAUACGAUCUUUGAGGGGCCACAGGAGUUGUCACAGUGGUGUCCGAUGGACAGCUGGCUGGAACCUCCCACUCGGCUUUCUGCUGUCCCGUAACUACCUGAGCUGGACGAAGGAGCGACCACUCAGUCAGGAGAUUGGCACAUUUUUCAGUGCUAGCUGUAUUCCUGGAGCUGCUAGCAUCGCACCAACUCUGUGCACUCUCUGCCAAGGUCAGAAGUCCUUCAUUCGCCAGAAAAAUUACCACUGCGAAACAUCCCACAGUGAGCCUUUCUAUAACAGCCAAGGCGCGCUCAGGUGUCUCAGAAGCGGUGUGGGAGAUGUCGCAUUUGUAGAUCAUUUAGCUCUUGAAAAUAUUGACGAAUAUGAGAAAGAAGAGCUCAGGUUACUGUGUACAGACGGCACACAAGCUUCCCUCAGCCACUACAGAAACUGUAAUCUGGGGCGUGGUCCUGGAGGAAGUGUGGUCACCAGAUUCAGCUUUCGCAAGUUCGCUCGCAAAUUUAUAGUGAUGACGCAGAUGCUGUUUGGCGUGAGAGGCACAGAGCGGCUACGCUUCCAGUUGUUCAACUCAUCAUCUUUUGGGCAGCGCGACCUUCUCUUUAAAGAUGCAACAGAGAAACUUGCUGUUCUGCCAGAUGACAUGGAUGUCAGUCAGGUGCUCGGUGUGGAUUAUGUGGCACUCCUCAAAGGUCUUGGACAUGAAGGCAGCUCACUGGAGGACAGUGUUGUGCGAUGGUGCUGCAUUAGCCAUGCAGAGCAGAAGAAAUGUGAGCAAUGGGCUCUUAGUAUAAAGUCAGACCCGCUGGUUUGUGUUAGAGCAGUCUCGGUACGUGACUGUGUGGAGAAAAUUAAGAGGGACGAGGCUGACGCCGUCUCCCUGGAUGCCACUCAUUCAUUCAUCGCAGAAAAAUGUGGUCUUGUCCCUGUAGUAACAGAAUAUUACGGACAAAAAUGCAUUCUUGCUCAUGGUGCAACAUACUUGGAGACAGAUGCAUUGCCCUCAGUGGCAGGUGUUGCAGUUACAAAGCGCUCCAACAGAAAUGUUUUCAUCGGAAACCUGGGAGGCCGCCGCUCCUGUCAUAGUCACAUGUACAGCCCCGCAGGCUGGCUACUGCCUUACAGGCAAAACCUGAGCCUGGAGUACAACAGCAGCUCACCUUGUGAUCCAAACCAAGUGUACGGUGACAUUUUCUGGAAAGGCUGUCUUCCGGGCUCCCAGAAGAAUCUCUGCAAAGUAUGCAUCGGAGGUACUGGAGAGGCUGCCACUAAACGGUGUGCAGAUAACCACAAUGAGCGUUACUAUGGCAACAUGGGGGCUUUAAGGUGUUUGGUUGGAGAUCCCAGUGGCAAAAGUUAUGGCGACGUGGCCUUCCUUGAGCAGCAUAAUUUGGAGGCCAAUAUUCUCAGUGAGAUCUUCACGAUGAAGCAUUACUUUAAGCAAACAAUCAUUGACACGAGCAUGUUAGCUCUUUAUAUCACAUUCUUUUUUCAUUACACAGGCUUGAAUUCCACUGGGUGGGCAGAGGGGUGGACACCAUCGGAUUUUGAGUUGUUGUGUGGCGAUGGCCGUCGUGUCCGGUUGUCAGAGUGGGAGAGCUGCAAUAUGGGAGCCAUCCCUCCUAACACUGUUAUGACACGGCCAGUGCUGACAUCAAGAGUGUAUGACUUCUUGAUGAAGUCAGAGGAAACGUUAGCAGCCAGUGCAAAUGCAGCGUUCAAGCUCUUUGAGUCACAUCAAUAUGAAGAAAGUGAUUUGCUCUUCAAAGAUGCAACGCAGUGUUUCGUCCACACAAGUCACCUGGAUCUGCGAUCCAUCCUCGGAGAGGAGUUUUAUGCUCACACAGAAACUGUAUUCAACUGCACGCAUUCUGAUAUCUUGGAGUUUUGCAGUCAGGACGUGUGCAGUACAAUUUAAUGGCUGAAACCAUCAUCCACAUGUUUAAUCCAAACCUGAGGACCGUGCAGGUCAUCUUGGUCAACACCAGAGAUCAGACAGAUCUUUGCUUCUGGUCUGCUUAUGCAUGCACAAGGCCUGGAUUUCUCUGCAACAUGAAAUUGGUGUUCUUUGAAAAGCUAAAAGGUUUUUGUCAGUCAUGACUUUUGCAGGAUAUCAAAUCUCACACAAAGACUUUGAGAUGCCAC